AUGGAUUCCGAUAAUGAUUGUGGACCAUCAACUCCAAAAAAAAAGAGAGCAUUAAGGAACGAACUAUCAAAGGAAGAAAAAAAAAGAGUUCACAUUAAAUUAUUUAGAAAAGAAUGGCUUGAAAUAAAAGAUUAUAAAUUUUGGCUUCAAGAAAUAUCAAAUGAUAAAACUAAAUGUAAAUGUGUGGCAUGUAAUGUAGUGCUGGUAAGUGGAAAAAGCGAGCUAGCAAAACAUAGCGAAGGAAAAAAACAUUUAUCAAAUAUUAAAAGCCUGAGAGGAUCACAAAAUCUUAAAGUUUUAACUAAAAAUAUAAAGUAUGAAGAUAAAAAUAAAGAUAUAAAGAGUGCAGAAAUUAAACUAUCAGCAUAUUUUGCAAAUCACAAUAUUGCAUUUCAGGCUGUAGAUAUAUUAACUCCUGUUUUGCAGGAUAUUUUUAAAGAUUCAAAGGUUGCCCAGUCACUGACACUCCAUCGAAAAAAAUGUACAAGCAUAAUUAACAAUGUUAUUGCACCUGUAGAAAUAAAUGAACUAUUGAAAUUAUUAGAACAUGUCCCUUUUCAGUUCUGGUCGAUGAAAGCACUGACAUAAGC